AUGCUACUAAAUGGUCGAAGAGUACAGUUCCAGUUGGACUCUGGAGCAACAGUGAGUGUUCUCCCACAGAAGUUUCUGUCUGAAGAAGAUGUAGUGAGAAAUGAAUGCAUCCAUCUCCGGAUGUGGAACCACUCUCCGCUACUACGUGCUGUGGGAAAGUGCAAAGUCGUGACAAGGAAUCCAGCUACUGGAAAAAAGUACAGGAUUGACUAUGUCAUAGUUAAGGAGGAUCUGACUCCACUGCUAAGCAAAACAGCUUCUGAGAAGAUGCAGCUUAUCACUGUUCACUACGAAUCUAUGGAAAUAGUCCACAACAUAUUUCCUGAGAAUGUCUGCAACCUAGCUCCUGAGAAUCUUCACAAAGAGUAUCCUGUGGUCUUCUCAUCCUCUGUGACUGGUACUCUGCCGGGGAACGAUGUUCAUCUGACUGUUAUGGAUGAUGCUACCCCUAGUGUUCGUCCUGCUAGAGUGAUACCAGAAUCCUUGAGAAGUAUUGUGAAGGAUGAACUUGAUGCACUGCAGACAAGAGACCUGAUUGAGGAAGUAAGUUCUCCAACUGACUGGGUAAGCCAGAUGGCUGUUGUACAGAAGAAAUCUGGUAAAGUGCGUGUGUGCUUAGACCCUAGACCACUCAAUCUCGUGCUGAAAAGAGAACAUUAUCCUCUGCCUGUUCUCGAUGAUAUCCUGCCUCAACUGUCCAAUGCAACGGUCUUCUCCAUCUGUGAUCUAAAAGAUGGAUAUUUGCAUUGUGUUCUUGACGACGACUCAAGUCUGCUAACUACCUUUGCAACACCAUGGGGAAGGUAUAAAUGGAAACGUCUACCAUUUGGCUUGAAGGUUAGCAGCGAAAUCUUCCAAAAGAGACUUCAUCUAGCACUGGAUGGUCUUCAAGGGGUACGAUGUGUGGCAGAUGACAUCAUAAUCUGGGGUAACAGUGAUGCUGAGCAUGAUACCCGACUACAGAGUCUUCUACAGAGAUGUCAAACUGUUGGCAUAGUCUUGAAUAAGGAGAAAUGCCAAUUUCGACUGAAGGAAAUCUCGUUCCUAGGCCACAUAGUAUCCAACUCUGGACUGAAAGCUGAUCCAUCCAAGAUCGAUGCAAUCCUGAACAUGAGUUCUCCAACCUGCAAGGAUGACAUCCAUCGCUUACGUGGCAUGGUCAAUUAUUUGGCCAGGUAUCUGCCCAAACUAUCUGAUGUCAUGAAGCCUCUCAAUGACUUAACCCACAACAACUCUGCGUGGACUUGGGACUCCAACCAUGACAAAGCCUUUAGGUUGCUGAAAGAGAUGCUGAUACAAGCUCCUGUGUUGGCGUUCUACAACCAAAGCAAGCCACUUCAAAUCCAAACUGAUGCCAGUGCUACAGGGUUAGGUGCUGUGAUGCUACAGGAUGGUCAACCAAUAGCAUAUGCCAGUAGGAUGCUGAGUGAUCCUGAGACCAGAUAUUCUGUCAUUGAGAAGGAGAUGCUAGCAAUAGUCUUUGCACUGGAAAAGUGGAAUCAGUUCACUUUUGGUCGUAAGACAACAGUAUAUAGUGACCACAAACCACUGGAGUGCAUUGUGAAGAAGGCCCUGGACAAAGCUCCCAAACGCCUACAAGGAAUGUUACUACGCGCCAUGGCGUAUGAUGUUGAAGUGAAAUACCUUAAAGGGAAGGACAACAUCUUGGCUGAUGCACUAAGCCGUGCUUCUCUUCCGUAUGAGAGCGGACAGCAUGAUCUAGAGGUGGUGAAUGCUGUCAAACUCUUGUCUCUCCCUGAUGACAAGAUAGCUGAGAUAAAGAGACAGACUACCCAAGAUCCAACUCUCUCCCAGCUCAAAGACACCAUACUUGAUGGGUGGCCAGACAACAAGACAAAGCUUCCUUUGUCACUGACUCCAUACUUCAGUUUCAGAGAUGAACUUUCGGUGACUGAUGAUCUGAUUUUCAAGGGAGAACGGCUGGUAAUCCCUAAGCAGAUGAGGCGACAGAUCAAGGAGGAGUUACACAUUGGCCACAAUGGAGUCGAAGGAACUUUGAGAAGAGCCCGUGAAUAUGUCUAUUGGCCAGGUAUGAACAAGGAGAUAAAGGAGUGGAUCCAGACAUGCGAGACCUGUCAAGAAAACUCAGUCUCUCAACCUGCCCAACCUUUGAUGUCUCAUCCUAUCUCUGACAGGCCAUGGUCAAGAAUUGGAAUCGAUCUCUUCCAUCAUGAUAACGAGAACUAUCUCAUUAUGGUCUGUUACUACUCCAAUUUCUUUGAGAUAGAAAAGCUACAGAGGACGACUGCCCCCGCAGUUAUCAAGCGACUGAAACGUCACAUCGGACGCUAUGGAGUGCCAGAGAUCAUUGUCUCAGACAAUGGACCUCCUUUCUCUUCAAGGGACUUUGCUGAGUUUGCCAAAGAGAUGGGAAUCAAGCAUAACACCAUCUCACCUCACAACAGCAAGGCAAAUGGCAAGGCAGAGUCUGCUGUUAAGACUGCCAAAAGACUGCUUACCAAAUGCAAGGACACUGGAGAUAACGUUGAUCUAGCCUUACUCAACGUUCGUAAUACACCAACUCAAGGUACCCAGACCAGUCCUGCGCAAAGGUUCAUGGGUAGACGAACACGUACACUCCUACCCACCACAACUCAGUUGUUGAUGCCUGAUCGUGACUCAGGACCUGAUGUCGAGAAACUCAAUUCAAACCAGAGACGACAGGAGAAGUAUUUCAACAGAAAUACAAGGAAGCUCAAGGAUCUUCCACUUGGAGCAACUGUACGUGUGAAACCAUUCAACCAUAGAAAGAAAUGGAAGAAAGCGGUGAUCCUGAAGAAAAUAGACGAUCGAUCAUAUGAAGUUCGCUGUGAUGGUCAAACACUUCGUAGAAACAGAGAACAUCUCAGAGCGACCUCAUCCACGUCAGAUACACUUGAUCCUAUUCCCAACAUGUUUAACUGGGAAUGCCAGGACAACAACCAACCCAAGGUGAGGACUACAGAGCAGCGUCAAUCUACCACUACAAGUCCUGUGAAGUUUCGCGGUGAUGGUACAUCUGAGACGCUUGACGAGAACAACACAAGCUCGCUGAGACGUUCAAACAGACAACGUCGAGAACCGCAUAAGAUGAAAGAUUUCGUAACAUUUUGA